AUGCCGGCAACCAACCAGGGCUGGCCCGAGUCCUUCGGGUUCCGGAUAAGCGGCUCGGGGCCGUGUUACAUCCUGUGGGUGCAGGAGGGCAGCAGCGCGGCGCUGGCGGGGCUGCGCCCCGGGGACCAAGUGCUGGAGAUCGAGGGCCAGCCCGUGUCCUCCCUGGGCUGCGAGGCUCUGCUGGGGCUGGCCCGGAGCUGCUGCAAUGUCCCCCCCAGCAUCGGCGUGGUGUCCCGGCUGCAGCACGCCAGCAUCCCGCCCGGGCCCCGGGGCUGCUUCGGCUUCGAGCUGGCGAGCGAGAGCCCCCCGCGAGUGGCCAGCGUGAGCCCCGAGUCCCCCGCCGCGGCCUGCGGGCUGGAGCCGGGGGAUUUCGUGCUGGAGGUGGACGGGACGCCGGUGGAGCUGGCGGAGGAGGCGGCAGCGCUGGUGGGGUCGUGCCGCGGGCGGUGCCUGCGCCUGGCGCUGCUGCGGCCGCAGCGAGGGGACCCCGCCGGGCACCCCGGAGCCAACCCCGGCACCGCCCGCAGGGACAGGAGGCACAAGGCGCAGGAAUUCAGCAGGAAGGUGGAUGCCAUCCUCGGGGACCAGCCGCAGCUGAAGGAGAAGGUGUUCACCGUGCUGAAGCAGUACGCGGCCGAGAGGAGGGUGGAGUGCCUGGCCUACGCCCUGUGCAUGGUGCUCACCCAGGAGUCCCACCAGCACCUCAUCGACAGCAUCAGGAUUUUCAUCCCCAAGAAGCACCGGCAGCGCUUUGACGAGGUGGUGUCGCAGAGCCUCAUCAGCAAGCUGUGCCGCUCCAAGAGCGAGCACAGCAACCGCCUGCGCCGCAGCCGCAGCGAGGACCACCAGGAGCGGCUGCUCGUGUCCACCCGGGCCAGCUCCGUGCCCCGCAGCCACGAGGAGCUCAGCAAGAGCCUCCGCAAAACCACCUCGCUCAUCAGCAGCAAUGUGGCCUCGGGGGCUGCCCGCAGAACAGUGCGAGUUUAUAAAGGCAACAGGAGCUUUGGCUUCACACUCCGUGGCCAUGCCCCAGUGUGGAUCGAGUCUGUCCUGCCAGGGAGCCCGGCGGAGAAGGCUGCUCUCAAGGCUGGAGACAGGAUCCUGUUCCUCAACGGCCUGGACAUGAGGAGCUGCUCCCAUGACAAGGUGGUGUCGAUGCUGCAGGGCAGCGGGGCCAUGCCCACCUUGGUGGUGGAGGAGGGCAUCGUCAGCUUCUCCAACGACUCUGACUCUGCCGAGUCCCCGAGCAGCUCCUCGGCCCUCACCUCCCUGCAGUGGGUUGCAGAGAUUCUCCCCUCUAGCAUCAAGAUCCAAGGAAGGACGUUCACGCAGCAGCUGGAGCACCUGCUGACCCCGCCCGAGCGUUUCACCGUCUGCAAGGCGCUGGAGGGCUUCUUCCAACAUCGGAACAUUGACACUCUCAUUGUGGAUGUGUACCCGGUGCUGGACACACCGGCCAAGCAAGUCCUCUGGCAGUUUAUCUACCAGCUGCUGACCUACGAGGAGCAGGAGCACUGCCAGCAAAAGAUUGACAGGUUUCUGGGGUACAAGGCCUUGGCAGGUGAGAGGAAGUCCCCGCGCUCCGGGACGGACACACCGUGUCCUGGGAGCUCAGCUGAGGCAGAGGCUGAGGAUCGGUACCGCAGCUCCGUCCGAGGGGCCUCCCUGUGCCGGGGCAGCCUCCGGACCCCCCGCCCUGAGGAGGGGGCAGCAGGUGGCCCUUUUGACACCGUGGAGGUCCCCGUUCGCCUGAUCCCUGGGGAGAGACAGGCUGGUGAUGGCACGUCCCUCCCGGAGACACCCAACCCCAAAAUGAUGUCGGCUGUGUACGCAGAGCUGGAGAACCGCCUGAUCGGGGGCUUUGCUGGCAAGAUGGGCAACGCUGCCCUGCACAGGAGCUCCCCCCCCGCCCCGGAGCUGCCACACGCUGCAGGUGGCCGCAAGCCGGGGCUGGCGUGGCCGAGCGAGCCGCUGGCGACCCAGCCCUGCUACUACCGGCUGCACAGCAGCGUGGCCUCCCCGUGCAGCACCGAGUCCAACCCGUACGUGAGCCUGGACAGCAGCCCGGCCCCGUCGCCCAAGCACGGCGAGUACUCGCCGCUGUCGCGACGGAAGAAGCUCUUCACGUUCUCCAGGCCCCCCCGCAGCCGCGACACCGACCGGUUCCUGGACGCCCUCAGCGAGCAGCUGGGACACCGGGUCACCAUCGUGGAUGAUUUCCUCACCCCUGAGAACGACUACGAGGAGAUGAGUUUCCAGGAUGACCAGGGCAGUUACGUGACCAACGAUGUCAGCAGCAGCGAGUACAUCAGCAGCAGCGACGAGGGCAGCUCCCUGACCUACUCCACGCUCUCGGACCACAUCCCCCCUCCUCCGCUCAGCCCCCCGCCCCCGCCGCCCCCCCUGCAGUUCCACGACCCCCAGACCGGCCCCAGCAAGGCGGAGGCCACCAAGGCCAGCUCGGGACCAGUCCCCAAGGCCCUGGUGAGCCACCUGCACCCCGUCCCUCCUCCUCCUCCUCCGCCGCCGCCGCCCCCCGUGCCCUGCGCGCCCCCCCUGCACCGGGGGCUGCUGCACCGCAGGAGCGACUCCAACCACAUGAGCGUCAAGAGACUGCGCUGGGAGCAGGUGGAGAACUCGGAGGGGACCAUCUGGGGACAGCUCGGGGAAGACUCGGAUUACGACAAGCUGAGUGAUAUGGUCAAGUACCUCGACCUGGAGCUGCACUUCGGGACUCAGAAACCCACGAAGCCAACUCUCAUGCCUGAAAACUUUAAAAAGAAAGACGUGGUUGAAAUUUUGUCCCACAAAAAGGCCUACAACACAUCCAUCCUGAUCGCCCACCUGAAGCUGUCGCACGUGGAGCUGCGGCGGAUCCUCAUGACCAUGGAGACGGAUCGCCUGGAGCCGUCCCACAUCAAGCAGCUCCUGCUCUACGCCCCGGACGGGGAGGAGGUGCAGCGCUUCCAGAGCUACAAGGAGAACCCCGGCAAGCUGAGCGAGCCCGACCAGUUCGUGCUGCAGAUGCUGGCCGUACCCGAGUACAAGAUCCGCCUGCGCAGCCUGCACUUCAAAACCACCCUGCAGGAGAAGACCGAGGAGAUCAAAGCCAGCUACGACUGCAUUUGCAAGGCCUCCCUAGAGCUGAAAAGCAGCAAGAAGCUGGCGAAGAUCCUGGAGUUCGUGCUGGCCAUGGGAAAUUACCUGAACAACGGGCAGCCCAAGACCAGCAAAACCACAGGAUUUAAAAUCAACUUCCUCACCGAGCUGAACACCACCAAGACUGUGGAUGGGAAAUCCACCUUCCUGCACAUUCUUGCCAAAUCCCUCAGCCAACACUUCCCAGAGCUCCUGGGCUUUGCCAAGGAUCUUCCGACAGUGCCGCUCGCUGCCAAAGUGAACCAGAGGACGCUGACAGCCGAGCUGAAGGAGCUGCACAGCACGGUGAGUGACAUCCAGAAGGCCUGUCACAGCAUGCCGGCCACCACCGAGGACAGGUUUGCCAUUGUCAUGAGCUCCUUCCUGGAGAGCGCCCAGCCUGCCAUGCGCUCCCUGGACGACCUGCAGCACAAGGCCAUGGAGGAGUUCAGCAAGGUGCUCUCCUUCUUCGGGGAAGACUCAAAAAUGACAACCUCUGAAUCCUUCUUCGGCAUUUUUGCAGAGUUCAUGAGCAAGUUUGAGCGGGCUCUCAGUGACGUGCAGGGGGGCGAGAGCCAGCGCAGCCCCAGGAUGACCUCUCCCCUGGCCUGGUGA